AUGGCCUCAGCCUCGAACGACACCUCCAGGCCCAGCGCCCUACGCUACAUCCAAUACGACCCCUCGCGCGAAAACGAAUACCUCACCGCAAUGCGCCAACUUAUCUCCAAAGAUCUCUCCGAACCCUACAGCAUCUACGUCUACCGCUAUUUUCUGUAUCAAUGGGGCGAUCUCUGUUUUCUGGCGAUGGAUCAAACCGAUAAACUCGUGGGUGUGGUAGUAUCAAAACUGGAACCUCAUCGAGGCGGGCCUCUGAGGGGUUAUAUUGCCAUGCUGGCGGUUAGGGAGGAGUAUAGGGGCCAGGGGAUCGCGACGAAGUUGGUGAGGAUGGCGAUUGAUAAAAUGAUUGAGAGGGAUGCUGAUGAGGUUGCGCUUGAAACCGAGGUUGUGAAUACAGCUGCGAUGAAGCUAUAUGAACGAUUAGGAUUCCUUCGGAGCAAACGCUUGCAUCGAUAUUACCUGAAUGGUAACUCGGCGUAUCGUCUAGUGUUAUAUCUUAAAGAAGGCGUGGGAUCAAUGGAUGCGAAUUAUGAUUAUCCGGUGCCGGUAUCAGGGGCACCACCAAUUCCAACUGGACAGCCACAGGUGCAGAUUCCUGGAUAUCCCGUAGUAUAG